AUUUAUAGACCCGAUGGCGAUCAAUUUCGAUCGAACAACGUACAUUAAUUAAUAGAACUUUGGUGCCUGAACUAAAACAUAAUCUCCUCAUUUGCUCAACGUCUGCUUUUUGUACAGCAGUAAAACAUUGUUUGCUACCUACAUAUAACUGUGUUGAUAUUUGGCCUUCAGGGUAUAUUGCUAGCUAACGUGCGGGUUUUGCGCAACAAAUAAAAAUAUUGUACUCAACUUGUAUACUACCCGCCAAACAAACUUCGUUAGCUAUAAUUGGAACUGCGCCAAUAAAAAACACAUUGCCCAGUUCCCAAAACGCAUUUCCCCUCUUUAUUUUUUCGCCUUGAUUCUAGUUCGAAAGCGUGAUAGUUUCAGGCGCGCCGACCUGCUAACGAACCUUCUAUAGUAGCUUCUGUGGUUUCAAAUUCCGCGCCAACUGUACUCAAGUUUUUGGUUAGAAAUGGCGGUUAGAUUUUUGAUCGAAUUCACUGGUCAUGUGUGCAGACUCAAUUAAGCUUUAUAUGUGUAUGGCUAUAUAGCAAAGUAAUGGAUUCGGAAGCUUCACUUAAACUUAGGCUUGAGGAGUCUGCUGACUUCGUGGAUUCUUCAAGUAGCAUAUCUGAUUUAGAAGAAACAGUUGAAGAUGACGAUCCGAAAAAAGAUUCCAAGCCAGGCUAUCUUCCUACAUACCCCCCAACAUGCGACCCGCACAGCAUCCCACCAGGUUGUCGUUUCCACACAAUUGACGAUUUUGAGAUCGGGCGUCCACUUGGCAAGGGAAAAUUUGGCAAUGUCUACCUUGCCCGCAGAAAAACUGACCACUUCAUAGUUGCACUGAAAGUAUUGCACAAGAACCAACUCAUACGUAAUCGAUGCGAGUACAAUCUCAAGCGCGAGAUUGAAAUCCAGAUGCAUCUUCGUCAUCCAAACAUUCUCUGCUUGUACAGAUGGUUCUGGGAUGAUCGAAAAAUCUACCUUGUGCUUGAGUUUGCGCCUGGUGGAGAGCUCUUUAAAUACAUCCAAAAUAAACCUAAGCGACGUUUGGAUGAUACAGAGGCGGCCACGCUCAUGUACCAGAUGAUCCGAGCGCUAUCCUACUGUCAUGCAAAAGGUGUUAUCCAUCGGGAUAUCAAGCCAGAAAACUUACUACUUGGCGUCAACAACGAGCUGAAAAUAGCUGACUUCGGCUGGAGUGUACAUGCGCCGUCGCGUCGCCGAAAGACGAUGUGUGGAACGCUAGAUUAUCUGCCCCCAGAAAUGGUUCAGCGAAAGGAGUAUGACCAGAGGGUGGAUUACUGGUGUAUUGGAAUCUUGAUGUACGAAUUUUUGACUGGUAGCGCGCCGUUCGAAUCUGAGAAGUCUGAGGACACAUACCGAAAAAUUUGUCAAGAUGAAGUACGCUUUCCAAGCCAUGUGUCGGAGUUGGCGAGAGAUUUGAUUAUUAAACUGCUAGCUAAAGAGGCCAAAAAUCGUAUUUCGCUUGAGGAGGCGAUCAAACAUCCUUGGAUCGAGAAAUUUGCUGAUAAAAAUGUCUCUUGCCAGACAUUCUGAGAUUUGAUUAUUUUCCGUUUAAGCGAUAUAUUGUCUUUUCAUGCACAGAAUUCGAUCGCAAAGUUUUGCGAAAACUUCACCGAUAAGCACAAGCAAUUUCGAAAUUGAGGGAUUCCUCGUGGACGAGUGAAACUCUGUAGUUUGUGUAUGAAUACAUCAUAAAAACACAUCAUAGGAACAAAAGCAUGAAAAAGAAAUGCUUAUUUCGAUUGUGAAAGAUAAGCCGCUAUAUAUAUUGUACACAGAAGGAAGUUUACAAGCUUCGAAGGCUAUUGCACUUCAUGUAAAACGUGUAUUCUGCGCGUAAUGUAUGAUGCAGCAAGCAUAGAAAGAAAGAAGUAAUAAAACUAGAGCCUUGUUAUUCGCUUACUACUAGGACAAGUUUUGCUGUAAUUAUGAGAAGAUAUUAAAGAAUAAAAUAUUUUAGCCAAGAAACAUUUUAAAUGCUUUUAUCAUAUAUCCUUAUUUGAUUCAUUAUUUCGCCAACAACGUCAUGGAAUACCAUAACCUGCAUUUAGAUCAAAAUUUCAAGUAAGACGGUAACCAACCAAUCAUCUUCACCACUACCUAGGAAUCU